GGCAGGCCCGCAGGCACGUCCGCGCUUCUCACCCCUAAGCUGUGGCAUCUAUACCGGCUGAGAGCGCAUUAAGAUGGCUGACUAUGCCACUACUCCCAACCCCAUGCACAUGCUUCAGGAGGAAGCGAUGUGUGCCAUCUGCCUGGAUUUCUUCAAGGAUCCUGUGUCCAUCGACUGUGGGCACAACUUCUGCCGAGGGUGUGUGACCCAACUGUUGGGAAAGGAGGAUGAGGGCGGGGACGAGGAAGAAGGUGAAUGGGAGGAAGAGGACGUCGGUGCGGUGGGGACUAUUGGUGGAUGGGACAACUCUAUCCGAGAGGUUUUGUAUAGCGGGAAUGUUGAUGAGGAGGAGUUCCAGAACCAAGAAGAUGAUGAAUUCUGGGUCGGUAUCCGUGGUUUCAGGAGUUGGGAAAACAUGGACUAUGUGUGGAAUCAGGAGGAAGAAGAGGAGGAAGACUACCCAGGAGGCUUGAUAUAUGACCUGAGAAUUGACAUCUACCCAGAAGAGGAGAGAUUUGAAGAAUAUAUUGAGGAUGAAGAGGAAGAGCUGUAUCCUGAUACCCACCUGCCUCCUCCGACCCCUCAGCAGCAGUUCACCUGCCCCCAAUGCCGCAAGAGCUUUACACGUGGCAGUUUACGCCCCAACUUGCAGCUGGCCAACAUGGUCGAGAUAAUUCGCCAGAUGUGUCCCACUCCCCGUGGAAAGAGCCGAGGUUACCAGCAGAACAUCUGCCCCAAACACCAGGAAGCCCUGAAACUCUUCUGUGAGGUGGACAAAGAGGCCAUCUGUGUGGUGUGUCGAGAAUCCAGGAGCCACAAGCAGCACAGCGUGGUGCCAUUGGAGGAGGUGGAGCAGGAGAGAAAAAUCGAGAAACUUGUGAAACCUUGCAUUCCGAAUGCUGCCAUCACUUUGAGAGGAAAUUGA